AUGACACCCCCGCAGGCCUGCUAUACCUGCCGAUAUCGGCGCAUUCAGUGCGAUCAAGCGGCGCGACCCUGCGGAAAAUGCAAGAAGGCGGGGGUGGAAUGCCUGGACAAGAGACCCGUCCGAUGGGUCAAGGGCAUCUCCAUCCGAGGCAAGCGAAAAGGGUUGUCUCUCAGCAACUCUGAUGCAAGCCCUUCGACCGGAUCGGCCAUCAUCCCUUUUGUCGUACGCUCCAGACCCUCUGCUUCAGCCAUAGAUCAUGUAACCAAGAUGGCGCCUCCCACGAUGCCGUUCGAGCUCGGAGAUCCUUCUGUCGCCUGCUUAGAUUCAACCUCAAAAUACUACUUCAGCUACUAUGAGGACAGUAUAUGCAGCCUCUUCAUCGUUUGCGAUAGCGAUAGCAACCCAUUCCGAAAACUCAUGUCGCUAGCCUUGAGUGACGCCACUCUUUUGAAGGCUGCUCUCGCCCUGGCAGCGCGCCACAGAGCGAACCUGGGCUAUUCGUUCCAACGGUACGACGAAGAAAGCCCUCCCACUCACCUCAAUGUGCACCAGGACGCCCUGGGAUACAAACAUCGCGCAAUCAAGGCAAUCUCAAAUGCACUCAAUGAUCCGAUUUUAUGCGGCCAAGACAGCACCGUGGCCAGCGUGUUCUUGUUGAUCUUUCUCGACUUAUUGGAGUCUGGAAGCGAUCGGUGGAAUUUUCAUCUAGAGGGUGCGAAAAAGCUGAUCCGUUUCAGCCAGCACCAAGCUCGCGAGCCUGGGCAGACGGUCAAGCUCAUUCGAGACUUCAUUAAUAGUCAGAUAUACCUCAUUGAGACGCUUGGCGCGACCUUCGUGCGUCCCAAUCUGUUAACGGAUUCAAAUCCGUUAGAUCAAGCACGCGUGGUGCCCAAGGAAACACAGGCCGUAGAGCAGUCGUUUCUCGGCUGCCCAGACUACCUGUUGAUUGCCAUUCGAUGCAUUUCGCUCUCGCGCGACGCAAUCCACGAUCCUUUCGACCAGGAGACAUUGGAGUACCAUAAGUACAACGUGGCAUCGGUCGUACAGAUGGUGACGGAGUUUGAUUGCUGGGCCUGGGCCGUUAACUUGCCACAGUCUGACCAGACCCAAGAGAAUGCGAUAAACGACCUUUGCAUGUUAGCUGCGUCCUACAAGCUCGGGGCCGAGAUCUACGGGCAGCGCGUUCUCGACACUCUAUGCCACACGAACACUUCAAUAACCGAUCUUCUAAUCCAGUUGAUCCAUUCCAUCGAAGCACUCUGCGCCAGCGACAAUCUUCUCAAAUGUGCUCUAUGGCCGAUCUGUAUUGCAGGCUUGGAGUGCGACCAGGCCGGGGAAAGAGACUUUUUGAUUCAGUCGCUCGAGCAAUUCUGGGACAAAACAAAAUGCGUCAACGUGAUUAAUGCAGCCAAGAUCUUGCAAGCGCAUUGGCAGCGCAGUGGCCGUCAAGCACGGGACUCCUCGCCGUGGAUCAUUGAUAUUGGGCUAUCCGGGCGUGAUUGGCUUCUGAUUUAA